CUCUCAGUAAACCCUCGCUCACGCCGCCGCCGCCUCCUCACCUCUCCCCAGAUCAAUCUCCACCCCCCGCCGUCCUCUUCCCGGUUCUACUCCGCCGCCUCCGUCCGUCGCCUCGAGAUCUCCGGGAUUCAGAUUUUCGCCAUGGAGGAUGGAGACAAUGAUGCUGUAAAAGUUCCCGCCAGUGAACAGUCCCCUAAUCUUGGAGAAAAGGGUGAAGAUGAAGUGGAUUUGUUGAGGAAAACAGAAAUAUUGGAUUUAAAAGAAGCAGUAAAUUCUCUGAGUGAGAAUUCAAGCAAUGAUGCAGAAGGGCAGAUCCAUGGGAGAGAUGAUUCAGAAAAGGACCUUAAUGAGCAGGUGGGUAAAAGCAGAAGCCCCGAUGCCAUGGAACCUAUAGAUUCAAACCAGACCGUGACAGAGAUUCUUGAAGAAGAAAAAUCUGAAGAUCCAGUUUUUGAUGGAACUGAGGUUCCUGAAAUGGAAGGUUUGAGGCGUUCUUCCGAUCAAUCUGUGGAACUUGAUUCAGAAGCUCAGCAAGGGUCUGUAAUCAAUGAAAGAGCUGCUGCAAUCAGGGAAUUUGUCAAGGAGAAGGGAGCCAUUGCGUCAACAUUUAUACGCCGCCUAUCUGGCAGAAAGGAUGAGAAUGAUCUUCAUGUUGAAGAUGACAAGAAUGAUGGUUCAGAAAGUGGCAAUAGUGAGAAGACUGUCUCAGAUUCUGAAAUGAAACCAAAAGAGGCUCAGAAGAAAUCUGAGGAAAGAACAUCAUGGAAUCCACUGAACUUGAUUAAAAUUGGAGGAGAUAAUUACACUUCUACAACUGGGGAAGCUGGGCAUGGAAAUGUGCCCGGUUUGGUAGAGCAACCAACUGCCAAAGGAAGGAUUAUCCUCUACACAAAACUGGGAUGUGAAGAUUGCAAAAUGGUUCGGUCAUUCCUGUAUCAGCAAAGGCUCAAGUAUGUUGAGAUUAACAUCGAUAUAUUCCCUAGUAGAAAGUUGGAGUUGGAAAAGAAUACUGGGUCAACCUCAGUACCAAAAGUGUAUUUCAAUGACCUGCUGAUUGGAGGCUUAACUGAAUUGAAGAAAAUGGAGGAGUCUGGCAUACUUGAUGAGAGAACCGGCGCCCUUUUCAAAGAUGAGCCCUCAUCUGCUGCUCCUUUGCCCCCCUUGCCUGGAGAAGAUGAUGAAUCUGGAUGCGGGAAGAUGGAUGAGUUAGCAACCAUUGUCAGAAAAAUGAGAGAGACGAUUACUCCGAAGGAUAGGUUUUUUAAAAUGAGAAGGUUUAGCAACUGCUUUCCUGGUAGUGAAGCUGUAGACUUUAUAUCAGAAGAUCAGUAUUUGGAGAGAGAUGAGGCUGUCGAAUUUGGAAGAAAGCUUGCAAGCAAACACUUCUUUCAUCAUGUUCUACAUGAAAAUGUCCUUGAAGAUGGAAAUCAGCUGUAUCGUUUCCUAGAUCAUGAUCCCAUAAUUAUGACACAGUGCUACAACAUCCCUAGGGGCAUCAUUGAUGUUGCACCAAAACCCAUAGUGGAAAUCGCAUCAAGGUUGAGAAAGUUGUCUUGUGCCAUUUUUGAGGCUUAUGUAUCUGAAGAUGGUAGACAUGUUGACUACAGAAGCAUCCAGGGUUGUGAGGAAUUUAAAAGGUAUAUUAGAACAACUGAGGAGCUCCAGAGGGUGGAAAUUAGUGACUUGGCACGUGAAGAAAAGCUUGCUUUCUUCAUAAAUCUGUACAAUAUGAUGGCUGUCCAUGCGAUAGUGACAUGUGGCCAUCCUGCUGGGCCAUUGGACAGGAAAAAGUUUUUUGGAGACUUUAAGUAUGUCAUUGGGGGAUGUGCCUAUUCUCUGUCAGCUAUUGAAAAUGGCAUUCUACGUGGCAACCAAAGGCCACCGUAUAACCUUGUGAAACCUUUCGGACAGAAAGACCAAAGAUCCAAGGUGGCCCUAUCAUACCCUGAACCUCUUGUUCACUUUGCUUUGGUAUGUGGUACCAAAUCUGGACCUGCACUUAGGUGUUACUCCCCAGGAAAUAUUGAUAAAGAGUUGAUGGAAGCCGCACGUGAUUUCCUAAGGAAUGGAGGACUGACAGUUGAUCCUGAAGCAAAGGUUGCAUCUGUAAGCAAGAUUUUGCGAUGGUAUAACACAGAUUUUGGUAAGAACGAGACAGAAGUGCUGAAGCAUGCUGCAAAUUAUCUUGAGCCUGCAGCGUCGGAGGAACUCUUGGAACUGCUUGCAAACACUCAACUGAAGGUCUCGUAUCAACCAUAUGACUGGAGCCUGAACAUUUAGCUGCUGCUAGGGUACUAUUUAUACAGAUGUUCUCCUUAUAGCUAGAAUACCCGUCUUAUUUUUUGUUUUUGCGGAAACUACCCGUCCCCCAAAGAUUUCUGGAAGGACGUCACUUGUGAAUCUCCUUUUGGGUGAAGUCUGGGGCGCAUAUGGAUAUUGGUGUAUCGUUUUUUUUAAAGAAUAUUAUUAGCGUAUUGUGGAUUUGUGCCAAACUGGAUGUGGCCACCAGUGGACCUUGUUCCGUUCAUUUGACUGAAAUGGGCACUCUUUCGCUUUUGCUGGU